UAAUGGUCAUGUUAUCACCAUUUUAACUUACUACGUAUAGACUAAAACUUACGCACAGGCCAGUUACCAGACCAGAUAUGGAAAUUGCUGGUUGUAGUACAAGUUUUUUAAUUCAGCAUGGAAAUUCUAAUUUACUCUCUCAUUUCAUGGAUUUCUAUUCUUAUCACAUUGCUAGUUUAUAUUUUACUCUGGAGAAAACACAACUUUCACGGCUGGACACAGUUUGCUUUCUUAAUUUCAGCCUUUCUGUAUUUCUUUAUUGUAUUUUUACGAAAGCUACAUAGAAAUUGGUAUGGACAACAAAGUCCUUCGGGAGUCAUUGAUCGACUGUUCACAUUUCUCACAUUAGUGCACUGCACCAACGUGGUUAACUUGAGUGCUCAUAUAUUCUGGACAUUUUUAAAAGUUGAACCGGAAGCACCCAUUCGGAGUAUUAGAGAUUUGUCACCACUCUUUAAAUCGCUGAGUAUUUGUUGGGCAUUCCCUGCUUUAAUCGUCAUUAUUGAAACCUUUUCAAACGAUGGAACUGUAAGGCUAUUGGAACAAGGGGUGUUGGUUGCUCUCAUCAGUCUCAACUUUGUCAUUAUCGUGAUUACCGUCUUUUUGAUUAUUAAACUUGCACGAGAAGGUCAAAAAGUUCAAUCAGCUAAUAAUGAGUCUUUCGAGUUCAAAGCCAUGGUGCUACUAUUUGUCCGCCUAUUUUGCAUAACAGGCGUGAUUUGGACGGUGAAAGCUGUGCCAUUACUUGUACUCCAAAGAGAAAAUGAUCGGACCAAUGGUUUUUGGAAGGUUAUGAAUUUUCUCUCAGAUUCAUACGGAGUCGUCAUUUUCCUCGUUUUCAUCUAUAAUAAGCGAAUCCUUACGGAUUUGAUGAAUUAUCCCAUGUUAAGAAAAAUACUUCUUUGCAAUUGGGGUCAGUCCAUAAUGAAGGAAAGGAAACAGCUUAUUAUUCCGGACCGAGUUGCAUUUCAGAAGGCAAGAAAAACGGCAGAGUCCUCGUUUCUUUUACGAUCGCCAUAAUAGAUAAAGAACUGAAUUAUGUAUACUAUUCGGUGGAUCGAAACUGUGCAAGUACCACGAUAAAGGAGAUCAUGGAUCCAAUCAUCUGAAAAUGGUCAAAAUCAACAUUCAGUCUCAUAGAAUUGUCAAAUAGUAUUUUUUUAUUCUUAUUUUUUGUUUAUGUAUUAAUGUGCAUACUUGAACUACAAGUCUUCUAUUUAAUACGAAAAACCCACAAGCUCUUAUUUCGAACUUGUGAGCUUUUGAGAGGCGUCGGAUGUCGUUAAGCAUUGCUUUCUCCUCUGGCAAAUGGGCGUCGUCUAUCAAACUGAAAUUACACAUCACUUCUUCACCCUAAUUCAAUUAAAAUGUAUUUAAUGGUUGAUCUUUGUACAAUUUUAACUUUGAUAAUAAAAUUGUUCUUGGCGUCUUACUACU